AUGACCCCCUCAGUAGUAGGCACUGCCUCCCCGAGAGCACGAUGGUCCCGUGUUACUGCGCUGCACGAAAACGUUCGCUCAAUGUUAUUCGGAAGCUCGGUCUAUUCCCAAAGUCCCACCCUCCGACAAGACGAAGAGCCCCCGAAACUUCCCCCGCUCGUCUUCCUUCGUCAACCGAAUACUCGGACCGAACCUUCAGACCACGCUCGAGGCCUCGAGGAAGGUAUCGGCUCCGCGCCAGCGAGGAACCAUGCGAACAAUUCUCACAACUACCCGACCAACUACUCCCCAGCUUCGAUACCUAGCACAUGGGAACGAUCAUCGCUCUCUCUUGCGAGGGGUACAACGCAGGGAUCGUCAACGUUAGAAAGAACGGUGGUAGACUCCGGAGCGGAUGGGGUGGCGAGAGGAGUCCGUCGCAAGCGCAGGAAGCAGAAGCAGAAGCCGAAGAGGGGUUGGGUUCGAAAUCACCAUCAAUCUCCCAUUUUCAACCGUUCCCUUUUGCGUGGACGCACGAGGACGAAGGCUAUCACCUUAAUGAUAUCGGGAGUCUUGCUCGCAACGAUGCUAACAAUCUACCUAGCCCUCGCGCUCACCAACAACGCCGUCGCGCAAGAAGUCCAUAUCUUAUUCAUCCUGCUCCUCAUCUGCACCACGAUCGUCUUCUGCCACGCCCUGAUCCGCCUCUGCAUGCUCGCCACGCGACCUCCUCCCACUCGCCGCCAUCACCGAGUCCCUGACCUCGCCGGACCGCAAGGGUUCGAGCCCAAAUCUCCUAUCCGCGUCCAUGUCGCCCGUGACGAUGAAGAGGCGGUGGAAAGCGUGGAAGAAGUGCUGGUAGAGGAGAAAGACGCGCCUAAGCCGCCGCCACCGGCAUACGGGCUAUGGCGAUGUAGUGUUCGUCUGAAUCCAAAUCUCCUCCAUUGGCAACGAGUCGACGCGCUAGGCACCCAUGCGCCAGGUACCCCUACGCCAGCAACCCCCACGCUCAUCGACCUCCGCUCUCCCUCGCACUCGAAUCCGAAUAGCACUCAUCGUCCGCCAUCCUACGUCUCCGACGAUGGGGUGGACUACGUCGUGAGCGUACAGCCGCGUUCCACGGUACAUUACUCGCACGUGCCGUCGCCGUUACCGCGAUCAUUUGGGGAUGAAGGACAGACUCCGCCGAUACAGGAAUUCCGCGGACCCCUAAACUCGCAUGUCCCGGAGUUUAUCGUUGGGUUAUCGGGCGCGGGACGGCCGCCGAGUCAGAUCCAUCCGGCUUGGAGGACGUAG